AUGCUGGCGAAGAAACUAGCGCUCCUCCUUCACCCCAACCUCUCCAUCUCCCUCACCGCCUUUAUUUGUUCCUCCGAGAUCAAAGCCACCCACGCUCACCUCAUAGUCACCGGCCGGACCACCGACACGACUUUCCGACUCUCGGCCUCAUGGAGCUCUUUGUUUGCCGGCUUCGUACAGGCCGGCCUCACCAAGACGGCGCUAGCCAUCUUUCAUAAGAUGGCUCGGCAAAGCGUCCAGCCGAACGAGCCUCUGCUUGUAAGCACUAUAUCGGCUUGCUCCCAACUCCGAGCAUUGGAACAUGGCCGAUCUGUCCACCGCUACAUAGAAACCCUAGGCAUCAACAUAACCGUCAUUAUCGGCUCCGCCCUGGUCGACAUGUACGGAAAAUGCGGCGGAAUAAAAGAAGCCAUACAUAUCUUCAACACAAUGCCAGAACGAAACAUCUAUACCUGGAACUCGAUAAUCACGGGUCUCGCCAUGAACGGUGCCGGAAGACAGGUCCUAACGCUCUUCUACAAAAUGACGCUCGCCGGAGUAUCACCCAACAACAUAACAUUCAUUGAUUUGCUCAGCGCUUGUAGCCACAACGGUCUAGUCGAAGAAGGCCGAAUGGUGUUCGACGAAAUGACUAGGGUUUACGGCAUCGUCCCUGACGAGGAGCAUUAUGGGUGCAUGGUGGAUUUGUUGGGGCGUGCUGGUUUAAUUGAAGAGGCUUUGGAUUUCAUCGGGAGGAUGCCGAUUGAGCCGCAUCCGGGAGUGUGGGGAGCGCUGGCUGGAGCUUGUAGGAUCCAUGGUGAGAUGGAGCUUGGUGAAGAAAUCAGCAGAUGGUUGAUCGAGCUUGAGCCAAGCCAUGGCGGGAGAUACAUACAUUUGUCGAAUAUAUAUGGAGAUGGUAGAAGGUGGAAUGAGAUGGCAAUGGUGAGGCGGGUGUUGAAAGAGAGACGGGCGGUGAAGCCUCCUGGCGGUAGUUCGGUGGACGUACAGCAUGACUAAAAAAAUGUAUUAUUUUUAGGCUGUAUUUACAAAAAGCACACCCAAUUCCUAUGUAUUUAUAGGGCUAACAUCUAACUUCUAAUUUUUACA